AUGGGUGAAUCCUCCACAAAAAUAGAACCAUUGGCCAUUGUUGGUUUAUCAUUCAAGUUUCCUCAAGGAAUGGAAACUGCCAAUUCCCUCUGGAAAGGACUAGCUUCCAGUCGAUCAGCCUGGUCAUCAUUCCCUGAGAGUCGGUUAAACUUCGACGGCGUCUACGAUCCAGAUACAGGAAGAUUGAACAGCUUUCCUCUCAAAGGUGCCCAUUUUUUGAAUGGGGAUAUAAGUGCAUUUGAUGCUCCAUUCUUCACAAUCGGGCCAAGCGAAGCGGCGGAGAUAGAUCCGCAAUCACGUAUAUUGCUCGAGGUAACAUAUCGAGCACUAGAGAAUGCUAAUCGUAUCAGCUGGUACUUUAAUUUGCGUGGUGAAUCCAUCAAUAUGGAUACCGCUUGCUCAAGUACUCUUGUUGCAUUCCACACAGCAUGUGAGAGGCUACGUAGCAGAGAAUCUAACAUGGCAAUUGUGGCUGGUUCAAAUCUGUUCUUAAGUCCAGACAUGGCCAUGUCACUGAACAAUCAAAAUUUCCUGUCGCCAGAUGGAAGAUGCUGGAGCUUUGAUGAAAAGGCGAAUGGCUAUGGCCGUGGUGAAGGAUUUGGGGUGCUUGUAGUGAAGCGGUUAAGCGAUGCGCUUGAGAACAACGAUCCCAUACGAGCUGCUGUUCUUGCUACGGGAACAAACCAAGACGGACGAACACCAGGUAUUGUUCAACCAAGCAGAAGUGCUCAGGCGCAGCUCAUCCGAGAUGUUUAUCGCAAAGCUGGCUUAGAUAUGAGCCAGACGCGAUAUGUCGAGGCACAUGGAACUGGAACGUCGGUUGGAGAUCCCAUCGAAGCAGGAGCCAUUGCCGACGCAUUUAGCCACACUCUCUCUGCUGACUCCCCAUUGUUUAUAGGAAGUAUCAAGUCAAAUAUAGGUCACCUGGAAGGUACCAGUGGCAUAGCUGGACUCGUUAAGAGCGUUCUAAUACUUGAACGUAGAAUGAUUCCAGGAAUUGCAGGACUCGAACACGUCAACCAUUCUAUCGUGGCCGAGCAUCCUCACUUAAAGUUUCCAAAAGAUCUCACAUCAUGGCCUUCAGACAGCUUAUGCCGUCUUUCUAUCAACUCCUUUGGAUUUGGAGGCACAAAUGCCCACGUCAUAAUGGAGGAUGCAGCUGGCUACCUUGACAAUCGAGAAAAAGCCAUCAAUCGCACACAAGUAAACGGAACAAACCAUGCGAAUCAUGACCAACGACCCAUGACUAACGGUUUCCAUCACUUGGAGACUCGAAGGAUAUUGGUGUUCUCUGCUCAAGACGAAAAUGGUAUCAAGCGGCUUGAGUCAGCAUACAACGAUCACUGGUCCCAAAUGAACAAGGAUGAGCUUAGUGAUUCAUACAUGAGUAGACUGAGCUACACCCUGGGUAACCGACGAAGCGCUCUAUUAUGGAGAUCAUUUGCGACAGUCAACUCUAAGAAUGACCUGAUAACAGGGAUAAAGUUUUCACGUGCAGUACGUGCACUUCCUCGAGCUCGGCUUGCAUUCUGCUUCACGGGGCAAGGUGCUCAAUGGUAUGCAAUGGGUAGAGAUAUCCAGGCUCCUAUUUUUAAGCAAAGUCUUAGAGAAUUAUCUGAGCUUCUCACAGAUAUGGGAUGUUUGUGGUCGCUCCAAGCCGAGCUUUCACGGGAUAAAGAAACUUCCAGAAUCAACAGACCAGAAUUCAGUCAGCCAAUUUGUACUGCAAUACAGAUUGCUUUGAUUGAUCUCUUAGAGGGCCUCGAUAUUAAACCUUCCGUGGCAUUUGGACAUUCAUCCGGCGAGAUUGCCACUGCAUAUUGUGUUGGCGCUCUAGAUAAGCGUUCAGCUAUGAGUGUUGCUUAUUACAGAGGAUUGCUAUCAUCGAAAGUGGCUGAAGACAAAAUGAUUCAAGGCGGAAUGCUUUCAGCUGGCUUGUCUGCCAAAGAAGUUUUACCAUACCUGGCUCGCGUUGAAGCAAAAUUUGGAUACUCUGGUGUUGUCGUAGGAUGCAUCAACAGCCCUAAUAACGUUACAAUUACAGGUGAUAUCGAACAAAUAAACUACCUCAAUGAGCUUCUAGAAAAAGAGAGCAUCUUCUCCCGGAAAUUAUUGGUUGAUGUCGCAUAUCACUCUCAUCAUAUGAAUGCUAUAGCUGCGGCAUAUUCGGAGAAAUUGGGUAAUUUGUCUUCACGGAAUUCUGCGAAACUUAUUCCCAUGGUCUCAUCUGUUACCGGCGAGGUGGUCAGCAGUGAUAAACUGCGUCAACCAGGCUACUGGGUAGAAAAUAUGGUCUCUCCAGUGAGAUUCCUCGACGCUAUUUCUUGUGCUCCAUCAUUACGCGUAUCCGAAGAUGGGUCAAUUUCGUACAAUGAUUCAAAGGACUUUUUCGAUGAUGUCCUGGAGAUUGGACCCCAUUCAGCGUUACAAGGACCUAUAAAAGAUUUCCUUAAGCUAUAUGGAACGCCAGUACCAGAUUGGAAUCCCCAGGAAGCGAAAUGGAGACGUCGGAUUAAGCUUUCGGAAGACCCUUGGAUUGAAGACCACAAAAUCGCCAAUGCGUGCAUUCUUCCUGCAUCUGCUAUGCUGGUCAUGGCCAUAGAGGCAGCAAAAAUAAUGGCAAAAUUAAGGUCCAACAAAGCCAUUUCAGGAUUUAUUGUCCAAAAUGUCGUCGUAUCCCGAGCUCUUACCAUUCCUUCCGACCCAGAUGGGACCGAAAUAGAGUUUUACCUCCGGCCAUGCGGCCUUGCCUCUGACCGAGAGAUAACAUGGUCCAAUUUCCGUAUUUACAUUCCUGAAAACGACAACUGGGUCGAGGUAUGUCGAGGCCAAGUCCGAGCAACUCAUUUCGAAGUCGGGGAUGAGGUCGACAACGGGCUCGAAGAUUCUUUAAGCGAUGAAUAUCAUAGAGCGGAACUCUGGCGUAUUCGCGGAUCCAGCUGCCAAAAAGUAGAUAUGGAACGCUUCUACCCAACACUAAGAGAGAACGGAAUCGACUUCGGAACUGCUCAUCAAACAAUCAAGAAUGGUUCGUACGGUCAAAACAUGGAAUGUGUUGGUGACAUCGCGCUCGAUAGUUGGGUGUCUAAAAAAAGGGAAUUCCAACAAAUGGACUUCACUAUUCAUCCGACUUCACUUGACGGACUCUUCCAGUUAGGUCUCUUGGCUUUGGUAGGAGAAACGUCGAAAAUAAAUCCGAGUGUAAUAGUUGGGCUGCGCAAAUUAUGGGUUUCCGAAGGAAAAAUAAACGUUGCUGGAUCCUCCAUUAUGCCUACGUAUGCAAAAUCUGCUAUGAAUGGUGCCACGGGAACACUAAUAAACACAGUAGCGUUUGAAAAUCAAGCACUCAAUCCUGUCAUUAUCCUUGAUGGUCUCGAAGGCAAAUUCUUGGAGCAAACGAAAAAGUCGACGGAAAAACAAAAUUACCAUCUCUCCUGGAAUUUUGAUUAUAGGCCGGACAUUGAGCUACUUUCUAAAGAAGAACUCAUUCACGCAGUGAAUGUCAAGGAAUACCUUAACGACGAUAUGUUUUAUGAAAAGCUGUUGAGCCGCCUAGAGCAUAGUAAUGCGAGAGGAAAGCUUUAUGCUGUGCUCUCGAAGAAUCUUCGCAAUAUUCUGAUGGGAAAAGUUGAUGCUCUUGAACUCAUGUUCAAGGAACCAUUGGUGAAGGACUAUUAUAGGGAGUUGUACAAGUCUACUAAUGGUCUAUCCAAAACCCUUGCUUAUCUCGACAUUCUCACUCACAAGCAUCCAAAUAUGAACAUAUUGGAGAUUGGUGCAGGUACUGGGGGGAUGACGAAUUACCUGCUGGAUGUUCUUGCACAAAAUGGUGCUCGUGAUCCUCGUGUCGGCACGCCUCGUUUUUCGCACUACACAUACACAGAUAUCUCGGCCGGUUUUUUCGAAGGUGCAGCUCCGUUGUUCCAGAACUUUUCAGACAUGGUAACCUUCAAAGUAUUAGAUAUAGAGAAAGACCCUGCGCAUCAAGGAUUCGAGGCAGGGGGUUACGAUUGCAUUAUUGCGGACAACGUUCUUCAUGCAACUCGGGAUCUUGAUGUCACGAUAAAAAAUGUUAGAAAGUUGCUGAAACCAGGAGGAAAACUUAUGCUUUUCGAGUUAACUGUUCCUGAGGUUGUUCGAACGAAUUUUGCUUUUGGUUUGUUACCUGGGUGGUGGCGGUUUAACGACAAGUAUCGUAGUUUCAGUGCUGGCAUCUCAGAUAGCGUAUGGGAUAGAGUGUUGAAAAGUUCGGGGUUUUCCGGUAUUGAUUUUAAUUUCAAAGACUAUGAAGAGGAUGAAUGUCAUGAGCAUAGCGCACUAGUCUCUACAGCUCGUGGGGACACCUUGAGUAUAUCUCCGUUCCUCCUAACGGUGGUUGUUCUCGAUCCUCAAUCUGAUUUGCAGAGAAAGAUCUACGAACUGCUGCGUCAUACAUUACAAUCCGCAGGGACCGAAAACAUACUCUCCAUGACACUCAAGGAGGCCGCUACUUUUCACGGUAACAGUGCGUUUGGCAUAGUACUUCUAGAACUCGAUAGACCUUUGCUUCAAGAAAUGACCGAACCCAAUUUCAAAGACGUCAAAGCAAUGUUCCUGGCCUUUGAGAACAUUCUCUGGGCUUGCAAAGGAGGGGGAGAAAGACCUGACUUGCCAGAAUACGCACUUGUUCAAGGGGCUUUCCGCGCACUGCGAAUGGAAAAUAUUAGACUCAAGUUUAUAUCUCUCUCAUUUGAGGCUACCUCAACGAAUCCUACACACCUCGCAAAUAAGGUCUUUGAGGUUUACCAAAAAGUAUCCACAACCGCUGUCAAGGAUUGCGAACAAGAAUACGUAGAACGAAACGGUAUGAUCUGUAUUGAUCGAAUCAUUGAUGCAGAUUACAUGAAUCAGAAGCUUUCUGAAACCGCGGAAGACAAACCACGCAGCGACUGUGAGUUUUGCAGUGCACCUCCGGUAGCUCUCAGCAUCAAAACUCCUGGACUCUUAGACACUCUCGAGUUCGUUGAGGAUAGUGCUGCCAGAACGAAUCUAGCAAGUGAUGAGAUCGAAAUCGAAGUUGAAGCUAGUGGUGUCAAUUUCAGAGACUGCCUUAUCGCAUUAGGCCGUAUACCUAGCAUGAGCUUCGGUUUCGAGUGUUCUGGUACCAUCCACCGCAUCGGCUCCCAUGCGACUAAAUUGAAAUUGGGCGAUAGAGUAUGCGCAAGCACACUUGGGACUUACCAGACCUAUGCUCGCUGCAACGCGAGUAAUGUUAUUCCUAUCCCCAGCUAUAUGAGCUUCAUAGACGCUGCUGCGCUUCCUGUAGUCUUCACUACGGCGUACUAUGCAAUUGUACAUGUAGCUCAACUGAGGAAGGGGGAGUCGAUUUUGAUACACUCUGCAGCAGGUGGAACAGGGCAAGCUGCUAUUCAAAUAGCGAAACUUUUAGGCGCCGAAAUUUUCGUGACCGUGGGAUCAAAGUCUAAAAAGGAUUUACUUAUUAGCCUGUAUCAAAUACCCGAAGAUCAUAUUUUUUAUAGUCGCAACGCUUUUUUUGUGAAGGGUAUUCAAAGAAUGACUGGUGAUCACGGCGGUGUUGACGUUGUUUUAAAUUCACUCAGCGGUGAUCUUCUUGUCGAUACAUGGCAAUGCAUUGCACCGUUCGGGCGAUUCCUUGAAAUCGGCAAGAAAGACAUCUUGGCAAAUGGCAAUCUACCUAUGCUUCCAUUUUCUCGAAAUGCUUCUUUCCAUGCCAUUGAUCUGAACGAGGCUCGAAAAUAUCGACCUGGUCUUCUCUUGGAUCUUAAAAAUAGUAUAACCACUUUACUUUUCGAUGACAAAAUCCGUCCACCACAACCUGUCCAUGUCUAUGGGAUUAGUGAGGUUGAGAAAGCCUUCAGAUAUUUACAGAGUGGGAAGAACUCCGGUAAGACAGUCAUUGAGUUUAGAGGACCGGAUAUCAUCAAGAGUAGUGUCUUCGAGAAUAUGACCUAUGAGGACUGGGUAGGAGCAAACAAAUGCAAGGUUUCUGGAACCUGGAACCUGCAUACUCUGCUCCCAAAAGGAUUAGACCACUUUAUCGUAUACUCCUCUAUUUCUGGUGCCAUUGGUGGGACGGCGUCAGUCAAUUACAGUGCCGCCUGUGCCUACCAAGAUGCAUUAGUACAUUACCGCAACAAGGUUGGCGAGAAAGCUACCACAUUCAAUCUAGGCGUCAUGGUAGACGAUGGCGUCUUGAGAGAUAACACCGCGGCAAGGAGGGCCGAGGUGCCCGCCAUGAUGACACGACCAAUGUUCAGAGGAACAUGGAGUAUCAACGAACAAGGGAAGACAGGUGCCAAAGAAGAUGUAGCUACUGACGUGACCAGCCAACUACAUGGCGUAGCUUCAGAGACGGAAGCGGCCAACAUUAUUGCCAAUGCACUAAUGCAGAGGUUAAGCAAUGCCCUGGCUGUCCCUAUGAAGAACUUAGAUUCCUCUCGACCUAUGCAUAUUUACGGGGUCGAUUCUUUAAUCGCUGUUGAGUUGAGAAAUUGGUUUAACCAGAAGCUUGACGCCGAUAUCGCAGUGUUCGAGAUAUUAGGAGAGGUGACAUUUCGGGACAUCGGGUUCUUGGUUGCUGGUAAAAGUAAACUAGUAGAGGCGAUUUUGAAGAAGGUUGUAAAGUAA